GAGGGGCCCGGUGUGUCCCGAGGGGCCCGGUGUGUCCCCGGGGGCCUGGUGUGUCCCCAGGGAGGCUGCGGCUUCACCCGCCGGCGGCGAGCGGGUCCUGCGCCCCUCGAGCCCCCAGUGCAGUCCGGCGCCUUGAAGAGGGCGUUUUGAAAAGACGUGUGUCAUCAAUUAAAGAAAAAUAGUUUUAUCAGUUGGAAGCAGAAUUAUACAGGACUGCAGUGUUGUUAACCCGUGUAACACCCUUUCCGAAGCUUGCAGGCCGUGGAAUUCGGUAGUAGAUGGCAUGAAUGUCUUGUUUAUAAUAGUGGAUGAUCUGCGUCCUGUGUUGGGCUGUUAUGGAGAUAAGCUUGUGAAAUCUCCCAACAUUGACCAACUUGCUUCUCAAAGUAUGGUGUUCAGCAAUGCAUAUGCCCAGCAAGCCCUGUGUGCUCCCAGCAGAGUGUCAUUUCUCACUGGCCGCAGGCCUGACACCACCCGGCUCUAUGAUUUCUACUCCUACUGGAGGGUCCAUGCAGGAAACUAUUCCACCAUGCCCCAGUAUUUCAAGGAAAAUGGCUACAUGACCCUGUCUGUGGGGAAAGUUUUUCAUCCUGGGGUUUCAUCCAAUUACAGUGAUGACUAUCCCUACAGUUGGUCCAUUCCACCCUUUCAUCCUUCAGCUGAAAAGCAUGAGAAUGAUAAGACUUGUAGGGGAAAAGAUGGAAAACUUCAUGCAAACUUGGUGUGCCCAGUGAAUGUGACAGAAAUGCCUGGGGGGACUCUGCCUGAUAUUCAGAGCACUGAGGAGGCCAUACACUUACUGAACAUCAUGAAAACCACCAGGCAAAAGUUCUUCCUGGCUGUUGGUUACCACAAGCCACACAUCCCACUGAGGUACCCACAGGAAUUUCUCAAGUUGUACCCCUUGGAAAAUAUUACACUGGCCCCAGAUCCCUGGGUGCCUAAGAAGCUACCUUCUGUGGCAUACAACCCCUGGAUGGAUAUCAGACAGAGGGAUGAUGUGGAAGCAUUAAAUGUUAGUUUCCCUUAUGGAGCACUUCCAGAUGAUUUCCAGCGGCGGAUUCGUCAGAGUUACUAUGCAGCAGUUUCCUACGUGGAUGUGCAGAUUGGCCUGCUUCUGAGUGCUUUGGAUGAUGCAGGACUCUCAAAUAACACAAUAGUAGUUUUUACUGCUGAUCAUGGGUGGUCCCUGGGAGAACAUGGUGAAUGGGCAAAAUACAGCAAUUUUGAUGUUGCUACCCGAGUGCCACUGAUGUUUUAUGUCCCAGGAGUGACAACUUCCCCUGUCAGUCAAGGAGUAAGAGUCUUCCCCUACCUCGAUCCUUUUAGCCAUAUUGGAGGCUCAGUACCUCAAGGGCAAAGUAAAGAAGUGGUGGAGCUGGUGUCUCUGUUUCCAACACUUGCAGAGCUUGCUGGCCUGCAGGUCCCUCCUGCGUGCCCAAAGAUGUCGUUUAGUGUUGUGCUGUGCACUGAGGGGAGAAGCAUUGCCCACUAUUUCAAUAUCUCUGAAGGAACAGUGGAGCAAGGCAGGGAAGGGUGUGAUGACACUGGCAGGUGUUUUAAUGAAGAACCUGUUGCUCUCAGCCAAUAUCCCCGGCCUGCAGACACUCCCCAGUGGAACUCUGACAAGCCAAGGCUAAAGGACAUCAGGAUCAUGGGCUAUUCCAUGCGGGCCAUUGACUACAGGUACACUCUGUGGGUUCAGUUUGAUCCCAGCAACUUCAGUGCUAACUUCAAGGAUGUCCAUGCAGGAGAGUUGUACAUGAUGGAGAAUGACCCAAACCAGGAUUAUAACAUCUAUAACAAUAUUUCACAUGGUUGGCUUUUCAAAAAAAUGAUUGACUUUCUAAAGCAUUAGGGUUCAGAAACUUCUUUGUGCCUGUUCUUGCAACUGAAUUAAUGCUUCCUUCUUUUGUAUAAACCUUUCUGUUGUACAGAAAACAUUUGGAUUAAAUAAAAAUCCUGCUUUUA